UUCUUUACAUAUGACGAUUACACUCUUUUUGGCUCCCUCGGUUCUCCGUAGUUUGUAAGUUUAUGACUCGGUUGCAUAGCAACGCUUGACAACAACCUGAAGUUUCUUUCCAGGACGAAACGAAGCAAUCGGGACAUGUCUGUGGCUUUCUCGAACACCACCCUCCGAGUUCCGCCUGGGUUUGGGGACGUGGUGGAGGCGCUCGCCCGGGAGGUGCUGCGGGACCAACCCGACGACAUCCCCGCCUUCGCGGCCAGGCACUUCGCAGCGCUUCUCAAAGAAAGAGAGGAAAGUGGCCUAGAUGCAGCUGAGUGGGGCACUUGUAUAGAAGACAGGUUCCACAAUAAUCACGCUUUCGAGGACACAGCAAACCAAGGAAACUCUAGCUCAGCCAAAGCAGCUGGGAGCCCUGUGAGCGAAGCAAAAGCCGAUCAGGCCAAAUCUUUCAAACAUAAUGGGGGUCAAAUCAACCAGCCGGCUCCAGCCUCUCCCUCCCCUGAAGACCUCGAUGCUACUAAAGACAGCAAGGAGCUGGAAGCACAGCGAAGCAAUGAGUUUAAGAGCAUACGAGAUGAGGAAUCGGGUGAGGCUGAUCCUGAACCCUCCGCUGAUAUUUCCUACAGUGGAAUGGCAGACGUUGACAUAUGUGCUGAGGGGCUGAAAGGUAUAGAAGAGAUCAAAGAGCAAAUGGCAGGGAACACAGACCAAACUGGAGGUGUCAGUGAAGAAAAUGAAACACCUGAAAAAGAUGUCUGUGCCACUGAGCUGGAGCCCACACACCUAUCUUCACAUCUUGAUGUUGCAGAUGUAGAGAGCUGUGCUAAAGAAGAGCAUUAUACCUGGCACGAAGAGGAGCCUGCAUGUGAACAUGCUGAGGACAACAGAAACUUGAUUGAUGUGGCUCGUGCUGGCGUGUUAGACAGCCCAAAGUUUUUCCUAGUGGGAGAACUGCCUGAACCUCAUGAGGUUCGGGGUAGCCAUGAUGAAUUCACUCUGUCUGGCUCCCAGUACCCAGCACAUCCUAAGCAGGACGCUGAUGGAGAAGUAAGUGACAUGUCCGCCAGUGAAAAACCAGUCACCCCUCCAGCUGAACCGGAGGACGAGGAUGAAAUUGAUUACACUUACACGCAUGCUGAGAACACUGUUUCUGAAAUGCCUGAUGAUUUGUUUGAGGAAGGUGGACCAGAAGAUAGCCAUGAUGAGCAGUUCACUUUACAGGAAGCAGAAGGAGGUAUUGAUGAAACGUUUGAUGAGACAAGCACAGAGAGAGUAGUCCUGGGACCUGAAAACCAGGAGUCGCAUGAGGCUUUGCCAGAAACCGAAACCAUGAGUGAGACGUUGUCGACUAUGGGAAAGCUCAGUCUAGAAGACGGUUGGGAUAAUGGCAGUGCUGAACGUGAGAACAUUGUAAAUAUAGCAUCUGAACUUCAGGGGGAAGAGCACAGUGACUGGGAUUGCAUCAGUGGUGGUGAAAUUAUUCAUGACAGAAUUAUGAGCCCUGAGCAUCAGCAAAUUAGCUCUGAGAGAGAUGCACAAGUUGAUGAGAAAAGCGAUAACGAAGAGGCUGAGCCUAGAGACCUGGACACAGACAUUUUUGACACUCGCCUAGGUGCCCCUGUAGAGGAACUGGGAGGGUGCAUACAGGAAAGCACUGAAGACAGGGAAGAAGGAGACGCAAGAGUAUCACAGCAGGUUGAGAUUGAAGAGGAUGGACCUGAGGAUGGAGAAGAUUUGGGCAUGAAUGAGGCUGAGAUGAGGAAUGGAGACCAUUUGUCUGAUGGCAAGUUGGCUGCUCAGGCUGGAGCUGGGCCUUUGUCUCAUGAAGCUGCCGAUGACACAGACACUGAAGAAGACAAGGCAGUUACAGAUCCAGACGAACAGUCUGAAAAGCAAAAGACCACCAACCAAAAGCUUCUACACGAAAGUGAGAAUGAGCAGAGGGACAAUCCAGAAAAGAAGACUGACCUACAGGAGGAGUCCAACCAGCCACAGGAGGAGGAGGACAUCAUGGACAUCCCACUGGACGACCCAGAAGCCAACAAGGCGGCGGCCAAGAUCCAGGCGGGCUUCCGUGGCCACAUGACCCGGAAGAAGUUGAAGCCGGGCGACAAGCCUGGUGAGGAGGUGAGCAGCAGCGGCGGUGAGGCCCUCAACGGCAGCCAGGGCAACACAGGGGGAUCAGACGGAGUAGACACAGAAGACACAUCAGUGCCGGAGCAGUGAGGAUCCAGCGCUGUGGACAGCAGGACAGUGGCCCUGGUCCAGGAUACAUCCCUCUCUUUCUUAUUUUCUCUCUUUUGUUUUGUAUAGAAAAGUGGUAGUCAUAGGCUAAACACUUUAUCUGCCAUAUGGGCUCUCUCUCUCUCCCUCUCUCUCUCUCUCUCACACACACACACACACACACACACACACAGACACACAAUCUUUUCUGCUUAUCAGUCUGGGGUUGUAAUUGCCCAAACCAGCAUGCAUUUGUAUUUCACAGGCAUGCAUUAUGUCCUAUUCCAAAUGUUGGUGUGAAAGUGAGAAGGAAUGCCCUUGCAGUUUGGCUACACACUGCUCCAAUCAGUUAUUUAAGUAACUUUAGACUUGAAAUUAUGCAUUAUGAUUGUCUUUUGUAUUUGAUAUUUGCUCGAACGAUUGCUUCAAUAUCGUAGUCAUAUAGGAUGCUUAAAUCCUUAGGGGGUUUUGGGGGGUUUUGUGCCUGUGUUUAGAAAACAUUCUAAAGGCUGUGUAAUUUAUUGAAAGAUAUAAUGUAUUUAUUGGUAUAAUUAAUCUGUUUUAACUUGUUAUUUGUUUGCUUUGCACCCUUUAAUCUUUUUUUUCUCAGUCUGUAGCUUCAGACAAAGAAACCAGAGCUUCCGAACCUGCAUUUAGCAUGGCUGGGUUUCCUUCCUUCCUUCUUUUGAAAUCAUCACAGUUACUGUAUUUUGAAGAACAUAAGAACUGAUUUGACUAGGAACUGUAAGUUUGCAAGAUUUUAAAGAUUGUAUUGCAUGUACAUGGAGUAGCGACGCACUGUAUCACCAGUAAACCCAAUAAAGGCUCUGAAAUGUA